AAUCCACUGGAGGUGCUAAAAUGUUAUUCUUCUCAUGCACACAAUGAAAAUGAUCAGAAAUGUGAGAAUCACUCUACUUAUGUAUUUGGCUUCAACAGAUAUGAUUUGGUGGAUUUAAGCAGACAGUCACUUUCCAAGCUUGCAAACCAGGUCUACUUGGAUGCAAUAUCUGCUUUCCGCCGGGAGGAUGCUAAAGCAGUGAGUCAGCAUAGUCAGAAAUUCCUUCAACUCAUCAAGGACAUUGACAGGCUUCUAGCAGCUGAUGACAAUUUUCUACUUGGAACGUGGCUGGAGAGUGCCAAAAAUUUGGCUAUGAAUUCUGAUGAGAAGAAGCAGUACGAGUGGAAUGCUAGGACACAAAUAACUAUGUGGUUCGACAACACGAAGUACAAUCAGAGUCAACUUCAUGAUUAUGCAAACAAGUUUUGGAGUGGCUUAUUGGAAGCAUACUAUCUUCCACGAGCAUCAAUAUAUUUCGAGCUCCUUUCUAAAAGCUUGAAAGAAAAAGUGGACUUCAAGUUGGAGGAAUGGAGAAAAGAGUGGAUAGCAUAUUCAAAUAAGUGGCAAGAAAGUACGGAGCUGUACCCUGUGAAGGCACAAGGAGACGCCCUUGCUAUUGCCACUGCCCUAUUUGAGAAAUAUUUCAGUUGAGAUGAGAUUAUCCUUUUCCAUAAUCAAACAUGAACAGAAAUGGAAACUUUUUCAUGAUUGUACAAUAAUACCUUUGGUUAUUCUUUUGUUUUCUGUCAGUGGAUGAUGUGUUUUCAUAGAAAGGGUGGUUGGCUGUGACAAUAAUUUAUUGGUCUGGUCCUAAUCUACUAGUUUCGCAGCAGGUGGUUGCAUGCCUCUCAAAGGUUUGUAGUUGCAGGUAAUAAUGGUGGUAAUUAUCUAGAGGGUUGUCUGUUAAGUGAUAAUGACUGUUCUUGGUAACUUUCAGCAAGGUUCCACCUGGACAGGAAGGUGAAUUUCUGAUUUCAA